GCUCCCAAGAUGGCGGCGCUGGGCCGGCGGGUGCUGCCGGCGCUGCUGGCGGUGGCGGCGGCGCUGGGAGCGGCGGCUCGGCUGUACCGGGCCGGCUCGGACCCGCUGACCGUGCUGGCGGCGGGCUCGGUGCGGCAGGCGCUGCUCAACUCUUCGGCAGCGUGGGUGGUGCAGUUCUACAGCUCGUCCUGCGGACACUGCAUCGCCUUCGCCCCCACCUGGCGGGCGCUGGCGGGGGACGUCAGAGACUGGGAAUCUGCAAUUAGAGUUGGUGUGCUGGACUGUGGGGAAGAAGAGAACUACGAGACGUGCAAAGAAUAUGGUAUUCACUACUACCCAACUUUUAGGUUCUUCAAAGCAUUUAUAAAGCAAUUUACUACUGGAGAAAAUUACAAAGCAGGAGCGGAUCGAGAGCUGCAAACAGUUCGUCAGAUGAUGAUUGACUUCUUACAGAACCAUUCCCAAGAGUCGAGACCACCUGCUUGCCCACCAUUAGAUCCAGUUUCGUCCAACGAUGUUGCUUCUCUUUUUGCUAAGAACAGCCAUCAUUAUACUGCCAUCGUGUUUGAAAGCAAUAACUCUUACAUUGGACGAGAGGUUAUCUUAGACUUGAUCCAGUAUGAAAACAUUGUUGUAAAGAGAGCCUUGAAUUUUGACAAGCCUUUUCUUGAGAAAUUUGGCAUUACCUCAGUCCCUUCAUGCUACCUGGUGCAUCCAAAUGGGUCUCAUGGAUUAAUUAACAUUUUGAAGCCUCUACGGUCUUUCUUUUCUUCAUAUUUAAAGUCGCUGCCAGGUGUAAGAAAAAAACUUCUUUUGCCGCUUCAGCUGCCUGUUCAAGAAAACAAAGAGGAGAGUAUGGAAAUCAAGGUGUGGAAAGAGUUCGAUAAAUCGAAGCUGUACAUGGCUGACCUUGAGUCGGGAUUGCAUUACCUGCUCAGGGUAGAGCUCGCUACGCACAAGACACUUGAGGGAGCUGAGCUAAAGACCUUCAAGGAUUUUGUUACUGUCUCUGCCAAGCUGUUUCCUGGCCGCCAGCCUGUGGUAAAGUUGUUAGAGACCUUGCAAGAGUGGCUGGUGAGCCUUCCAUUAGACAAAAUCCCUUAUGAUGCUAUCCUAGAUCUGGUCAACAACAAAAUGCGGAUUUCCGGGAUCUUUCUCCCUAAGAAAGUUCAGUGGGUCGGGUGUCAGGGCAGCAGACCAGAGCUGAGAGGUUAUACCUGCUCCCUUUGGAAGCUCUUUCAUACCCUGACUGUUCAAGCUGCGCUGCGACCAAAAGCUUUGAUAAAUACAGGUCUUGAAGACGAUCCCCAAAUAGUGCUUCAGGUCAUGCGAAGAUACAUUCACCACUUUUUUGGAUGCAAGGCUUGCGCUCAGCAUUUUGAAGAAAUGGCUAAAGAGUCCAUGGAUUCCAUCAAAACCUUAGACCAGGCUGUUCUCUGGCUCUGGGAGAAACACAACGUGGUGAACAACAGGCUCGCAGGUGAUUUGACUGAAGAUCCCAAAUUUCCCAAAGUUCAGUGGCCAACUCCAGACAUUUGUCCUGCCUGUCAUGAAGAAAUUAAAGGAUUGCAUAGCUGGAAUGAAGCCCAAGUUCUACAGUUCCUGAAGUAUCACUACAACAGUGAAAAUAUUCUGUAUAAAUACACUGAAAGCCAGACUGAUGCCAGUGAAGCUGAACAAGGAGAUACAGGGGAAGGGAAAGACAAAAGCCUAAUGAAGAAAUCAAGUGGAAACAGGGAAAAUAAGAUCCAGGAUAAAGAAAACAUGCUAGAUUCUGAAUCUGAGAUGUUAAAUCAGCAUAUAGCAAAUCGUGGACCUGUCAAAGAUAGUGGUAAAGGUGCAGUUGAAUCAGUUAACCUUAAAGAGACAAAGCAGGCCAUGUCCUUCUUGGGGAUCGGCUUCUCGAACAUCGACAUGAGCCUGUGUGUCAUCCUGUAUGUAGCCUCGUCCUUAUUUUUAAUGAUAAUGUACUUUUUUUUCCGGAUGAGAUCUAAACGAUGGAAAGUGAAGUAUUAUCGCUCAUCUGUAUAGAAGUGUAAAGCGGAAACAGAGUCUUCAUUGUAUGUGGCUGUUCAGUCCCAGAUACAGCUUUAAUAUUUAUGAUCAGGGAUUUUAUAUGCAGUAUUCCUUGUUUAAAACCCCCUUUCUUCCCAAGUCAUUUCACAAAUGUUCUGGCUUAAUGCGUGGAGCUCACUGCGAGAACCCCGAUCUCUAACUGAGGCACGCUGUGCUGUCAUAAAAUGUCCACUGAAGCAAGCACGGCAUUUUUCAGUUAAGGUUUUUCCAUGAAUUACCACCUACAUCCUUUACUCAUUUUCAGAGUAAACAUUACGUUAUGCAAUCAGCUGUGCCUGGUUUUCAAGGAAAUUGGAUAAUGGUUUGUGUAUUUCAAGUCAGGGUUUUCUUUAAUUUACCCAGAGCUGAUUUUACCUACCAGAGUACUGAAAGGUUACGCUGAUACCUUGACUGCUUCAUUUGGAGAAGCAAGAAUUCUGAUUUUUUUUUUUUUCAGGAAACAAGAGUUUUUAUUCUGAUUAAAUCAAUUCUAAACCUAUGUGACUUUCUCAAAUAUUAUUCACAUUGCAUAUUUAAAGUAUAAAGCAUUACGUGUUCCAGGAAAUCUUCCAUUCUCCCCUGUGUUCCAGCCAAGUAUGUGUGUGUCUCUGCUCAGAGAGUUUGGGGCAGUUUUUAUCUCGGUAAGCAGCCUGACUCUGAUUGCUGAUGCUGUCAUCUGUUUUAAUGGAGUUUAGAUGUAAGCAAGGACAAACUCAGAGCUCGUGCUUUCCUUGCUCCUCUAUUGGAUGUGUUGAUAGAGCAUUUGAUAACUCUCCUUACUCAUUGAUGGCCCAGAAAAGUAGCUGAGUAAUGAUUGUGGUAUCCAGAUGGAAGCCAGUUCAGAUGAGUUCCAAUAAAAAGAAACACUGUUUUUAGUGAAGGACAGUGAUAUUUGCAAACAAAUUUAUGGACUGGAAAUACUACAUUUCUUAUGAUGUUGGAUGGCUCUGUUGCAGUACAGUGAUUGUUCUUCCUGUGGCGUAAACGCUUCGCUUGGUUUUUCAAAUGCUGAGCUCACAGGAAGCAUCGCUCGCUGGCGGUCCAGCUGUCUGUCCAGUGCUUGGACAAACAGGCCAUUUCUCUUGCCCCUCUGCUGGAGUGCUCCUCCGUUUGGGUCAAGAAGGGUUUAAUGAAUGGUUAAGGCCAAGCUGCUGCAUUCUGGGAUGUGGCAGCAAUGGGAACGUGGCAGUUGCCUUUACAGGUCUGGCUGGAGUCCUGGCUGGCAGCAACUAGAAGAAACCAUGAAAGCAGUUAUAAAAUUACCAUUCAGAGCAGGAGUUCCUUUCUGAUCCUGGCCGUGGGGAUAAUUCACAUCCUGGAUAGUGAAGUUUAUAAUCCUAUCCAAUGUAAUUGAGCAUGUUCUAGUUAUCCAUUACCUAAUCUUUAGUUAAUCCUAAUAGGUUUUGGCCUCAAUGUUUUCUUGUGGCAGUGACUUCUACAGAUUAAUUAUGUUAUAUAAAAAGGCUUUUCCUUUCAAUUCUACAUUUGCAACUUUUAAUUUAAUUGAAUGGUCACUAGCUCUUCUGUUACACGAGAAGGAAUAAAUAGUCCCUGGCCAAUUCAUAGUAUUUAUGCUGAUAGUGUGGCCUCUUCUUGUUUCUGUCGUAAGCCCUAGCACAAAAGUUUAAGGCCUGGCAACAAGAAUGGUCCAAAAGCACAAAAACUCAUCAGGGGUAUUUUUUUCAUUAUCAAAUCUUCUUUGUUCACAAAACUGUAUGUUUCUGACGUGAGUUCCUGCAGCUUCCGAGUGGAAUAGCGAAAUUGAGCUUCAAAGAUUUACUGUCCCCAUUUCCUGAAGUUUAUAGAAAUAACAUGUACAUAAAGCAAUAGCCCUGUGGGGUGGUUGUAAACUGUGUCAGCGGGAGAAACGAUGUUGCCAGUCUGAUGUAUGUGAAAAGGCACAGUAUCUGUGGUUUCCUUAAGCCAUCUUCACUGUUUAUUGUACGCACCCGAUGGUUUUUGCUCCAAUGUGGGAAACUUGACUCCAUGCUCUCUCCACAAAGCUGCCUUCUGCCACUUGAUGCCUCCGUAGCUGAGAGCUGCUGGGAGCAGUGGCCAACUGCCUCUGCCUGCAGUCUAACAUGGAAACCUCGCUCUAAUUUUGACAGUCAGUCACUUCGUGCGUUUUAAGGACCCCCCACUGUCCGAGAGUUCUGGCACAAAGAGCAAUCGUGGGUCUCUCUUUAGGAAUUUAGAAGAGUCCUUGUAAUUAUCUUUAUAGCACCUGGGCUUGAAUAUUAGAACAGCAUGUAAGUAACUAGAAAGACAGAGAACCAGGGGCGGAAGGUGGGCCAGGCUGGCUCCUCAGCGCUUCUUGCUUGGUGCUGGAAUCCAGUGAGAGGUGCCAGGAGAAGGCUGGUUAAGCAGAAAUCUCAGAGUUUCCACAUUUGGUUUUGAAAAUGAGAGAGCUUUUCACUGACCUGAUCUGGGAAGGUGUUUAUCGGCCAGCAAGCAGGGACAUUCAGCCUCAAAAAAAAACCACCCAAACACCAAAAGAACAGAACUACAGCACAGCAGGUAUUGGAUCUGGAAAUUCUGGCCAGUUUCUGUGGGACCAAGUUUCCUGCUGACAGUAUUGUCGCACGUUUUGAAGUUGAAAAUCAGUCAUUGCUGCUGUUUAUCAGAACUCUGUCAAAUGUAUAGACCUGAAGUUGUUAGCUUUGACUCCUGCUUGUUUGCAUCUGCAAAUGAAAAUAAAAGGCUUGUGGGAAUGAUUUUGCCAAUAAAACGGCAGCAAAUGCGAGUUUGGAAAAGGUGGGGGUUUGCUACACACCAUUAACAUUCAUGUUGCUGUGACCCUGCUGGAAAUGUGUCAAAAUGAACCGAUACUCAGACCCCCAGUGUUCUGUUUCUCGCUUCUUAGGAGUGCAAAAGUAUGAAUUUAGGAUUGAUUCUCCAUGUUGCUGCUCUAACUCUGUCACCAGUUAAUGGGUGAAGGCUCUUGCUGUAAUUGCUCGUAGUGACCUUGUCUGGAGAAGUUUUCUUGGCUUUGAAUUAAGUUGUGUAAAUCUUGAUUUUCUCGUUCUUAUUUUCUGUCUUCAUAAUGACAAAUUCCGUCCUUUUUUGAUUGUGAAGAUGUGUUCUGUCUGGUGAGGAACAUGUGGUGCUGCUUUGUGGUAUGUUAUUGGUGGGGGAGACACACAAAGGUGUUUCCUCUGUAAAAAUUCCCUCAAGCUGCCAUCUCCUCAGCCCUGGAGGUUUGGUUGGCGUUGUGCUGCACUGUGGAAGUUCCUGUGGUGCCACGUUCGUUUGUGGAUCGUGCUGUGCUGGUGGCUGUCAUCUCCAAGAAGAACUUCUUGGCCCUUGGUAAUUCAUGGAGCUGCCCUUGCCCUUCAGAUGUUUUUAUAGGGGAAAUAUUAAACCUGCGACAAAAGUAAAAGGAGAACUGUGGGACGUGUCAGGAGAAAAGCUGCAAGUGCUGAAGAAACCUAAUGUGUUUGUUCCUGGAAACUCUUUAAUUUCCAGCGUAUCCAUCCUGCUCUUCCUGCUCGGAGCUGGAUGGGAAUGAUCAUCCUAACAGAAGGUCCAGGGUGUGCUGACUGGGUCUGCACUUUGCAGAUGAGGCGUUGAAAGUUGUGAAUGUAACAGUUCAAUAAUUUAAAUGUUUUAUUUAUUUUAAGUCAAUAACUUGACACUUUCACGUGUAUUUUGAGUUGUUUGUUUUUUUUACUCAGUCUCAUCCUCUCUAGGAAGGAAAAGUGACCGUUUUGUACUAAAUUGUAAACUAAUGUGCUUGUUUAAAAUAAAUUGCAAAGA